GCUAAAUUAUCUUCUUCCCCGUUCUUCCUCCAUGUGACUUCCUUCUCUCUCAUCCCUCUCUCUCUCUCUCUAUUCUCAAUUUCUUUCUUCUCAUUAAACAUUUCAGACAUGGCCAUGGAAGUGAAGCUCCAAUUGAUUCCAAUUCUGAUCUGCAUUCUCCUCGUGCUCUCAAUUCCGGAAAUUAUCGAUGCCGCCGAUGCAGUCGCCGGCAGCUCUCUCAGACUUAGCCUGGGGAACGGAACCCUAGAACGGCCGGUCCAGGCGGAGCUCCGCCUGGUGGAAGACGACGAUGAGGAGGAUGAGGAAGGAUUUGAGGAAGAAGAAGAGUUAGGGCAGCGCAGAUCUCUGGUGUACUGGGGGCAUCAAUGGCCGCGGCGGCGCUACUACAUUUCGUACGGCGCGCUGUCGGCGAACCGGAUUCCGUGUCCGGCCCGGUCCGGGAGGUCGUACUACACGCACAAUUGUUACAGGGCACGUGGACCUGUGCGUCCCUACGUCAGAGGCUGCUCCGCCAUUACACGCUGCCGGAGCUGAAAUCAAAAGCCUCCUUAGCUGGCUCUCUGAUCCGGGACUUUGUCUAAUUUCUACUUCAUUGCCCUGCCCUUUUUGUGAGAAUUUAUAUAUAUAGUUAAUUAAUUAAAUAAAUGUGAGCGGUGAAAGUUCACAGCUACCAUUGUUGUCCUGGACUGGAUCUUCAAUUCUUGCAUUUAUUGAUGAUAUAGUUUAUAGUA